UUGCAUCAGUUUUCGGUUGCUUGGGUGGUGGUGGGUGGUGGGUGGGUAGCAACCACUACGGUACACUGUGCCGGCUAUUGUAUCUUGGGGAGGCUGUGAGCUGCUGGGGACGCCCGAACCGGUUUCUACAGGGCUGAAUAGUUGCAGGAUUUGCGCCAAUGGACUUCCAAGCAAGGUUGGAUGAGUUCAUUUAGCCUGAUCCGAAGAUCCGAAGAGCUUUCUGCCUCCUCGAUUGUGUACCCACUUCCCACAAUCCCAACGUUCUCACACUUACUUUCUCGCAGCAGCUAGUCUACCCAAGCAAGCAACCAUUCCUUCAACUAACUACUUCACUGAGCAGAAGAUGAUGGACCGCAACGCAUCGAACCAAGGAGAACCCGACUCUGUCAAGCAAGCCGAGAAAGAACAGCGGAAAGACGCCGAGCUCAAGAACUUUGGCAGUGAUCAUGCCCUGGAUGGACGACAGCCCGAGCUGCCCUAUGCUCGACCAACAUCCGAAGACAACAGUGAUAUCCCCAUGGUGGCGGCGGCCCGUCGCCCAAGUGCCCGCAACAGCAUCUUUUGGGGGGAUCUCAUCACACCCGCUGCUGGCGGCAGAAGAGGAUCCGUGCCCGGCAGUUCCGUAUCCAGUUUGACCAUUUCCGAUCUCGGCGACUCCUUCUUCUCCGAGUCCUUCAUGGGCUACUCUCAACAAUUUGGUACCGUGGUAGAAGACGAAGAAGCUCUCUUUGACAGCUCCGGAUCCGAUCACAAACCCGUGUGUCCCAAACGAAGAGAUUCCAUUAGCUCGCAAAAGAUCCACUCGACGCGGUUCAUGCUGUCCCACAACAACCACAACGAUGUGGGUACUACUGGCAAGCGCCUCGAUCUGAGUCCGGUACGAAGACCGGGCAGUGAGAUGCCACCGGUCAAGCCAGGACGCCGGGAAUCCAUCUCCAAGACCAAACUGAUGAGUCGCAGCCGGUUGUUGGAUCGAAACGCCAUGUACCCCACCCGUCAGGACAGUGCUUCGACCGUGUCGGACCAAACCACAACCGAUUCCAGCAGCAAAGGAGACGACAGCACAUUGACAUCGGCUCACUCGCCCUGUCUGCUGCGGUCGGAUGGCAAACGAAAACUGUUCUCGGGGUGAGCGUUCCAAGCAUCCCAAGGAUCAGUUCGCCACUGUACAUUAAGCAAGCAACAAGCCCAGGAGAGGGGCCGUUUUUGUGGCCCGAGUGCCGGCGACUGGGCCCAUCGAUUCAAUGCAAUUCGUCUAGUUGAACGUGUACAAUACAUUCAUAAACAUUUGCCUGGCUGUGAGUGGAACGGAGCGAGUAUGAACAGAAGCACCACAGGCUGGAACUGAAACAUGAAGGAGGAAGCCCUGCUGAAUAGCUACUUAAACACAAUCUCAACAAUGGCUCAUCAAACCAAGAACGCUCCGUAAAAUUAAUAAUAAACCAAAGAUGAACUAAAAGUAUCUAGUACUUGAAACUUCUAUCCGA